AUGUCUAAGAGAAGUGCAUCCGAGGACUUGGACCAUGGGUCUGGCCUGGGUGCGGCUAAGCAUCAAAACGGAACAGUUCCUCCUGUGAGUGGAAGUGUGGUUGACGGCGAAGCGAACGACACCGAAAUGGGAGAGUUUGAAGACCCUUACGGAGAUGAGUUUGAAAGUGACGGUGAAAUCAUUGAGUUGGACGGAGACGAUGAUGAAGAUGAUGACGGCAUUGAGGUCGACGAAGAGACUCAGCAAAACAAGGCACAAGCUAUUUUGGCUCAAGAUGCUCAACAAGAACAAUUGGAUGAGUCCACCAUUUACUUGCCACAUCGCUCUAAACCUUUAGGACCAGAUGAAGUGUUAGAAGCCGAUCCAACCGUCUACGAGAUGUUGCACAAUGUCAACUUGCCGUGGCCAUGUUUGACCGUGGAUGUGUUGCCAGAUUCAUUGGGUAGUGAACGUAGAACCUAUCCUGCUUCCGUAUACUUGACCACAGCUACUCAAGCCUCCAAGAAUAAAGAUAAUGAGUUAAUCACAAUGAAGCUUUCAUCUCUUGCCAAAACUUUGGUCAAAGAUGACGACGAAGAUGAAGAUGAAGACGAAGAAGAAGAUGGUGAUGAUUCAGAUCCAAUCAUGGAUAGUGAAACCAUCCCCUUGAAACAUACAACCAACAGAAUUAGAGUAUCUCCACACUCUCAGGAAACUGGUGAAUACCUAACAGCCACAAUGUCCGAAAGCGGUGAAGUGUUUAUUUAUGAUUUGGGUCCUCAAGUUAAGGCUUUUGAUACUCCAGGUUACGUAAUCCCCAAAACCUCUAAAAGACCCAUCCAUACAAUUAGAAACCACGGGAACGUUGAAGGAUAUGGACUAGACUGGUCACCCAUUACACAAACAGGUGCCUUAUUAUCAGGGGAUUGCUCUGGUAGAAUCCAUUUGACUUCUAGAACUACAUCUAGUUGGGUUACAGACAAAACACCCUUCUCUGCUUCCCAAGCAUCAAUUGAAGACAUUCAAUGGUCAACUGGUGAAGCUACUGUUUUUGCUACUGGUGGUACUGAUGGUUAUGUUCGCAUCUGGGAUACUCGUUCCAAGAAACAUAAGCCUGCUAUUUCGGUAGUAGCCUCAAAAUCUGACGUCAACGUUAUUUCGUGGUGUUCUAGAAUUAACCAUUUAUUAGCAAGUGGUCAUGAUGAUGGUACUUGGGGAGUUUGGGAUUUACGGAGUUUUGGUCAAGGUCAAGCACCUUCUCCAGUUGCUCAUUAUGAAUUCCAUAAAUCUCCUAUUACUUCCAUUUCAUUUAAUCCCUUGGAUGAGUCUAUUAUUGCCGUUUCUUCGGAAGACAAUACGGUUACCUUAUGGGAUUUGGCAGUUGAAGCCGAUGAUGAAGAAAUUGCAAACCAAAGAAAAGAAAUUAAGGAAUUGAACGAUAUCCCCCCUCAACUUUUAUUUGUUCAUUGGCAAAAGGACGUUAAGGAUGUAAGAUGGCAUAAACAGAUCCCUGGUUGCUUGGUUUCAACUGGUGGAGAAGGAUUGAAUGUAUGGAAGACUAUUUCCGUCUAA